AUGGAGCUCAAAUCAGCUCCAACAUAUUACGAAACAAAACGUCUACAACUGGACUAUAUCACCAAUCCAUUAAAGAACUCGUAUAAUGAGUUGAUUGGAAUCACUGGUACAACAGAGUCGUCAGAUACUGGCAUAUUGACUCAUAAGUCCAUCCUCCAGUUGAAUGCCGCCUGCAAGACUUUGAAAAGAACGAGAGAUGAGCUUGCUUCAUACAACCAUUUUGACUCUCCAGAGAUUCAGGAAAAAAUUGGAAGAAGAGAGAGGGAAAUGAGACUUGCAGUUUCCAAAAUCUUUGAUGAUCUAGAUCAUGCACAGCAAAGAAUAGACAGUGGCAGCAAAUGGUAUACAAGAAAGAAUGAACAGGUGGAACAAUUAAAGUCAAUCGGUAGUGGAUAUGUAACUCACAAAAGGGAGAGGACAGUAAAAUAA